CUGUCAUUCACUCAGCUUUCAGUUUAACACGCCAACAUUAAAAAAAAGAAAGAUAAAGGGUUAAAAACAGCUCGAGGUGUACGUUUGUUUCGCACUUUUUUGUACAUUUUGGUCGAGAGGGAGGUAGAAAGGCGGAUUAUUCGCCAGGAAAGAAGUCGAAACUGUUGCGUUCAGGGCUGAGCGUUAGCCCGCUCUCUCUCUCUCUCUCUACUGCUUACAUUUCCUCUUUUUUUUCCUUCUCAGCUACUGGAUUGUCGAAGAGGCAGCGUCUACUACUACAGCUUUCUACUUUAUCGCUCGCGCGUCAACGUUACUGUAGGACGUUUCCGGUUUUAUUAUGAUUACAUUAGCAUAUUAUCAUUACAUUAAUUAUUAACGAUAAUAUUUUAAACCCGCGAGUAGUUGCUCGAGCGUUACGUGUGUAAACGCCCAGCUUGUUGACCGGUGGGCUGAAGUUUAGUUUGCAGCGCACGCGCCGAGCAACUGCCACAGUGCUGCAUUAAAGAAAGCGCGUGCUCCGUCCGCGUCGUAUUACAAUUACACUAACUCGUUUUUUUUAUUGCAAGAGACGCUUUUAGAGGAAAAGCACUGCUUUGUGUAUGCUCACACACACAUUUGAGAGGGAGCAAAGGAAAGGACUGCGAUUUUUGACGGGAUUGUAUAAAAGUCCGAGCCACUUUCAUGCAUUGAAGAGAACCGGAGGAGGAAGGUCAGUCCCAGGAGUGUCGGCUUAAGUCUGCGUAUUUUCCCACCUAUUGAAGAUACUGAAUUUGAAGCAAACCUGCACUAAAAGAUGUGGUAAAAUGCUCUGUUCUCUUCAGAGCUCCUUCUUCUAAUGGUUCUCCUCCAUCAGUCCUGCAAGACGUCAGCAGCGCUCUUCCUUCAGAACUUGAAAACUCAUCAGAAAGCUGCCAAUCUUUGAAAGCAUUCCAGAUCAGUAAAAUCUCAUUUACGGGUCUAAAGCAAGCCCCAGAACGCUAAGCCGGAGACUGAAACCAUGGCCAACAACACGGCGGACCACCCACCUGGGAACUCUGUGGCCGAAGGCAAUCAUGACGGGGACUUCGGCUGUACGGUGAUGGACCUCCGGGACCUGAUGGAGCUCAGGAGCUCAGAGGCGGUCAACAAGAUCAGAGACACCUACGGAGAUGUGCAGGGGAUCUGCCGCAGGCUGAAAACCUCUCCUGUUGAAGGGCUCUCUGGAAACCCGGCGGACUUGGAAAAGCGCCACACGGCCUUCGGGAGGAACUUCAUCCCGCCUAAAAAACCCAAGACCUUCCUGCAGCUGGUGUGGGAGGCAUUGCAGGACGUCACGCUCAUCAUCUUGGAGAUAGCUGCCAUCAUUUCUUUGGGCCUGUCCUUCUACCACCCACAAGGAGAUGACAGUAAUGCUUGUGGCCAGGCCGCUGGUGGCGUGGAGGAUGAAGGUGAAGCUCAGGCCGGUUGGAUCGAAGGUGCUGCUAUCUUGUUUUCUGUAAUCAUCGUGGUGUUGGUGACGGCGUUUAAUGACUGGAGCAAAGAGAAGCAGUUCCGCGGGCUGCAGAGUCGCAUCGAGCAGGAGCAGAAGUUCACAGUCAUCCGCAAGGGUCAAGUGAUCCAGAUCCCAGUGGCUGAGAUCGUCGUUGGAGAUAUCGCACAGAUCAAAUACGGUGACCUUCUCCCCGCUGAUGGGAUUCUGAUCCAAGGCAAUGACCUGAAGAUCGAUGAGAGCUCUCUGACCGGAGAGUCAGAUCAAGUAAAGAAGUCUCUUGAGAAAGACCCGAUGCUAAUGUCUGGAACUCAUGUGAUGGAGGGAUCUGGGAGGAUGGUGGUCACCGCCAUUGGUGUGAACUCCCAGACUGGAAUUAUUCUCACUCUGCUUGGAGCUGGUGGUGAGGAGGAAGAGAAAAAGGUCAAGAAAGGUAAAAAACAAGGAGCCCCUGAAAAUCGCAACAAAGCUAAGACCCAGGAUGGCAUCGCUCUGGAGAUCCAACCUCUGAAGAGUGAGGAGGCAGCUGAAUGCGAGGAGAAAGAGGAGAAAGAAGUGAAGAAGGUCAACGUCACCAAAAAGGAGAAGUCCGUGCUGCAGGGCAAGCUGACCAGAUUGGCCGUGCAGAUCGGAAAAGCAGGUCUCAUCAUGUCUGCUGUAACCGUCAUCAUCCUCAUCUUAUACUUUGUAAUCGAUACGUUCGGGGUGCAGGGGCGAGAGUGGAAGGCCGAAUGCACACCCAUCUACAUUCAAUACUUCGUCAAGUUCUUCAUCAUCGGUGUCACCGUGCUGGUGGUCGCAGUUCCUGAAGGGCUUCCGCUCGCCGUCACUAUCUCUCUCGCCUACUCCGUGAAGAAAAUGAUGAAGGACAACAACCUGGUGAGGCACCUGGAUGCCUGCGAGACCAUGGGCAACGCCACAGCCAUCUGUUCUGACAAGACCGGCACACUCACCAUGAACCGCAUGACCGUAGUGCAGGCCUACAUAGGUGACACACACUACAAAAAGGUUCCGGAGCCCGAGGCCAUCAAACCUGAGACUCUGGAGCUCAUGGUUAAUAGCAUCUCCAUCAACUCGGCCUACACCACCAAGAUCCUGCCACCAGAGCAGGAAGGUGGUCUGCCAAGGCAUGUGGGUAAUAAGACUGAGUGUGCCCUCCUGGGACUUGUUCUGGAGCUGAAGAGAGAUUACCAGCCCAUCCGUGACGAGGUUCCUGAAGAGAAGCUCUACAAGGUCUACACCUUCAAUUCAUCACGCAAGAGCAUGAGCACGGUGCUGAAAAAUGCAGACGGCUCAGGAUUCCGCAUGUACAGCAAAGGCGCCUCGGAGAUCGUCCUCCGCAAGUGUUCCUACAUUCUGGACGCUGCAGGUCAGCCUCGGGUCUUCAAGCCCAAGGACCGGGAUGAGAUGGUGCGGAAAGUGAUCGAACCCAUGGCCUGUGACGGCUUGAGGACCAUCUGCAUAGCCAUGAGGGAAUUCAAGGGUGAGGAGCCAAACUGGGACAACGAGGCAGAAAUUCUUAACGACCUCACCUGCAUUUGCGUUGUGGGCAUCGAAGACCCCGUCCGUCCAGAGGUUCCAGAGGCCAUUUCUAAGUGCCAGAAAGCAGGCAUUACCGUGCGCAUGGUUACUGGAGACAAUAUCAACACUGCCCGUGCCAUUGCUACCAAAUGUGGCAUCCUGCAGCCUGGAGAAGACUUUCUGUGCUUGGAAGGCAAAGAGUUUAACCAGGAAAUCCGUAAUGACAAAGGAGAGGUGGAGCAAGAUCGUCUUGACAAGGUCUGGCCCAAGCUGCGUGUACUAGCCCGUUCUUCUCCCACAGACAAGCACACCUUGGUCAAAGGCAUCAUUGACAGCACAGUGGGAGGAACCAGACAGGUGGUGGCAGUGACAGGGGACGGAACCAAUGAUGGACCAGCUCUCAAAAAGGCUGAUGUCGGCUUUGCUAUGGGUAUUGCUGGAACCGACGUGGCCAAGGAAGCCUCGGAUAUCAUCCUGACAGACGACAACUUCACCAGCAUCGUAAAGGCUGUGAUGUGGGGCCGUAACGUCUACGAUAGCAUCUCCAAGUUCCUGCAGUUCCAGCUCACCGUCAACGUCGUGGCAGUCAUCGUGGCUUUCACCGGCGCCUGCAUUACACAGGACUCCCCUCUAAAAGCAGUGCAGAUGCUCUGGGUCAAUCUGAUCAUGGACACUCUGGCCUCUCUGGCUCUGGCCACCGAACCGCCCACCGAGGCUCUGCUGCUACGCAAACCGUAUGGCCGUAACAAGCCACUCAUCUCCAGAACCAUGAUGAAGAACAUACUGGGUCAUGCUGUCUACCAGCUGACUGUCACCUUCACCUUGCUGUUUGCUGGAGAGAAGUUCUUCCCCAUCGACAGCGGCCGCAACGCCCCCCUCCACGCACCCCCCUCCGAACACUACACUAUCAUCUUCAACGUCUUCGUCAUGAUGCAGCUCUUCAACGAGAUUAACGCCCGCAAGAUCCACGGCGAGAGGAACGUCUUCGAAGCCAUCCACAGGAACCCCAUCUUCUGCAGCGUCGUCCUGGGAACCUUCAUCCUGCAGAUCAUCAUCGUGCAGCUUGGAGGGAAGCCUUUCUCCUGCACGGCUCUCACCCUGGAUCAGUGGCUCUGGUGCAUUUUCAUUGGUGUUGGCGAACUGCUUUGGGGCCAGUUCAUCUCCAGCAUCCCCACACACCGGCUGAAGUUCCUGACGACAGUUGGUCAUGGCAGCACCAAGGAGGAGAUUCAGAAGGAGGAGCAGAUCGAGGACGUGGAUGAGAUCGAUCACGCUGAGAUGGAGCUGCGCCGUGGUCAGAUCCUUUGGUUUAGAGGGCUGAACCGCAUCCAGACUCAGAUUAAGGUGGUGAACGCUUUCCGCAGCUCACUGUACACGGGCCUCGAGUCCAACAGCUCCAUCCACAACUUCAUGGUCCACCCUGAGUUCAUGCCACGGGUCGAGGAGGAAGAGCGCGUACCCACGAUAGAGGAGAGCAACGCCGAGAUCGAGCCGCUGCCUUCCUCCUCCUCCAUGUCCUCCUCCUCCGCCUCCCCCAGGAAAAGCGGAGGCGGAGGCGGAGAACAGCCGAACAGCUCCGUCCACGACCGCGAGUCCUCCAUCUGACCAUCUUUUCCUCCCCGCAUCAAUCCCGAUCCUGUUCUCCUGCAAGCUCCUCCUUUCUGAAAAAAUAAAUAAAUAAAUAAAACACCUCACCCUUCAUACAGCAUCCCCCCAUGGAGACAUUUUUUUUUCUCCUCGACCGGCAGCGCGCCGCCGGCGCUCCGACAGCACGCACAGCGCGGUCUAACUCAACUCAACCCACACCAGGGCAGAUCGGAGGCUGCAGCCUGUCCCUCACUGACAUUGUAUCCUUGUUUCUCUUUUUCCAUGUUGUCUGAUUUGUGUAUUGUUUUUUAGGACACAGUUUUUCAACAGCUUUUAUCCUUUCAGAUUUACAACUUGAAAUGUGCUUUAAUGUUUGUACAUGAUUUUAUCCGUCUUUUUUUUUUUUUUUUUUUUUUUUCAUUUUAUGUUGGUUAGAAACACAAGUGGAGAAGGUAGUCCAUAGUUUGAAACAUUGUCUUUUUGUUUUUUUUCCCACAACUGCUGUCUACCAGUGUCUUAUAGUCUACAAACACACACUACUUUUUUUUUCUUUCUUUUUUUUUUUCUUUCUUUUUCUCCAAAUACAUUAACUUUUGGUUUAAGGUCAUCCUUGGUCGUCUUGUUUAUUUGAUCAUGUUUUGGGUUCUGUACGCACAGACCUAAGGCUGCUAUGCUGAAAGUAGAGUGAAAGAAAGUGUGUAUGUGAUUUCACCACGAUGGGGAUGAGUGGGCCAUGCAACUCAUCAUCUCGAUUUCAGCCAGCCAAAAAAAAG